AUGGAAGAUCUGUGGGAAGACCGAGAUGUCAGAUUCGACGUCAACCCAUCACAAAUGAGGAUGCGUCCAGGGGAGAAGAUGAUUGACAGGUUGGAUGCUGUAGAAGACACAAAAGGCAAUAAUGGAGAUCGAGGACGUAUUAUGGUAACAAACCUGAGGAUAAUUUGGCACUCACUCAACAUGCCUCGAGUCAACUUAUCUAUUGGAUUUAACUGUGUUAUAAACAUUUCAACAAAGACCGCCCAAUCAAAAUUAAGAGGGACCACUGAGGCUUUGUAUGUUCUGACAAAGUGCAAUACUACCCGAUUUGAAUUCAUCUUCACAAAUUUAAUUCCUGGCUCUCCACGUCUGUUUACAACUGUUAUUGCAGUACACAGGGCUUACGACACAUCCAAGUUAUACAGAGAUCUGAAGCUACGAGGUGCUCUUGUCCACAACAAACAGCUCAGACUUCUGCCACAGGAACAGAUAUACAACAACGUGAAUGGAGUGUGGAAUUUAUCAAGUGAUCAGGGUAACCUCGGAACAUUUUUUAUAACCAAUGUGCGUUUAGUCUGGCAUGCAAACAUCAAUGAGUCUUUCAACGUCAGCAUUCCAUAUCUCCAGAUGAGAUCUGUGAAAAUCCGAGACUCUAAAUUUGGAUUGGCUCUUGUUGUGGAAAGCUCCCAGCAGAGUGGUGGCUUUGUGCUCGGGUUCAGAAUAGACCCUGCUGAGAAACUACAGCAGGUCGUCAAGGAGAUUCAGAGUCUACACAGAGUCUACAGUGCUUGUCCGCUCUUUGGUGUAGAGUUUGAAACAGAAGAAAGGAUUGAGGACAGUCAGGACUUAACAGUCGAACGAGUACAGGAUGAUGUUGAGAUAGAAAAUGAAGGGACGUCUGACGCUUUUGCUGCUUACUUUGCUGAUGGUAGCAAGGACAAGGAUCGGGACCCAGUAUACUCCGAGGAGCUAGGACUGGCCAUAGAGAAGUUAAGAGAGGGUUUUACACUCCAUGGUCUCUGGGAUGUACUUGGAUAAGGCAUUGGACAUAAACAUUAAAGACAGCAGAAAAUAAGAUAUGUGAUGUACCUUGAUGUCUGUUGAGGGUGUGAAAGAUGUUUUGAAUGUGUGGUGCAGAUGAAUUUCUUGGAAGUCUUGAAACGGAAUAUGGAAAACUUUUAGUCUUGUUUUAUUUAUGAUAUUUAGAAUAAUCUGAUGAACCGUCACAAUUUUAUUGAUGAAAGUAAAAUAGUGAAUAGUUUAUUUCACAGAUAAAUGAUACAGUUUUCAUUGAUAAAGAAUGAAGAUAUCAUUGAUACGUGGAAACAUGGAUGAAUAGUGUAGAUAUCAUUAUUGAUAAGUUGUUUUGUUGAACACUUUUUGCAAAAUUAAGCAGUGAUUCACUGUGGCAUGUUUAAAAUAUACCACUUAGAAACUAUUGGGGAAAAAAAUUACUCAUAAUUUGUAACUAGAAUGUCUUUAAAAAAGGUUUGAAAAAAAAGAUAGAAUAAAAACCAUGUUUUUAUGGUUAAUUGACAUUGGUUUAUAAAUGCUGGGUGUGUUGUAUUGUAUUUCUGGUCAGCUGGAUUGUGUUACAUAUAAAUGGAAAGUUACAUAUUUAAAAAGGUUUACAGAGCACAUACUACUGUACUUUGAGAAAUUCUAAAAGUGUUAUGCUUGAUAAUUGAAAAGACUGCAAUAUGUCAGUUUAAUGUGAUGCACACCUCGAUAGAAGUUGAGAAAUUUUAUUUAUUUUGUACAAGACAUGUCUGUGAUAUUGUUAAGUCCUGAUCUGACAUUAACAUGCUAUUGUUAAGUCCUGAUCUGACAUAAACAUAUAUGUUUAUCAUUUACAUUUCAUUUGUGUGAGUCUGAAGCGAGAGUAAGUAAAACAGAA